CUUGACGCGCCGGAGGAAGGCAGUUCGCGCCCGAGUCCACGAAAGCUGAGCGCCAGUUCAUCCGAGGAGCUCCGGAGGCAGGACCGACUCGGGCCCCGCCGGGGUGGGCGGGAGGGAAAAGGGAGCCCCCAACUUCCAGAGAGCCGUCUCCACCUUCUGCCUCAGCCUUCGGGAAGCUCGCCCGCUAGCUCCGGCCCGCGCCGCCCAGGUUCCCGGUGUUCCCACGGCCUGCGCCUCCCCGCCCUGGGCCCUCCCCCGCCGCUGGCAGGUUCAAUCCCCAGAGCCGGCCCCACGCUAGCAUCCUCCUCCCACUUCGCGCCGGGUCGCCGCCGCUAAAACCCGGGGCUACGCAGUGGGACUGUCUUCUCUUCUCCAGCCAGGGGCGGGCUCUGCGCGCCCUUGCAACGACCCAAGGUGUUAAGUCUCCAGGGAGAAGCGAUACGGACAGUCCCGGGGCCAGACAGCGUCAUGGAGCCCCAGGGGGCGCUAAGUUUGGAGAAACAGGGACCUGCGCUCUUUGGAGAGCCCCCGCCAGCCGAGGGGCUGCCCACUCCGGUGGGCGACGGCGGCGGCGCGUCAGAAGCCCCGAGCCCCGACGCUGACCCCUUGUCCGCGGAGGAAGAGGCCGCCUCCCAGGAGCCGGAGGAGCUGCUGGAGUGCCGCCGUCGCCUCCCGCGUUCCUUUUCCCUGCCCGCGGACCCGAUCUUGCAGGCGGCCAAGCUGCUGCGCCAGCGCCAGCAGCUUGGCCUGGGGCUCGGCCCGGAGGGCGGCGAGGGGGCCGAGGGCUUGCCGCACGGUCCCGGCAGCUGCUGCGCCAAGUGCAAGAAGCGAGUGCAGUUCGCGGACGCGCUGGGGCUAAGCCUGGCCAGCGUGAAGCACUUCAGCGAGGCGGAGGAACCGCAGGUGCCGCCCGCCGUGCUCUCCCGCCUGCGCAGCUUCCCCAUGCGCGCCCAAGACCUGGAGCAGCUUCCCGGCCUGCUGGCCGCGGCGACCGCGACCGCGGCCCUCUCUGCGCCGCCUACCCGGCUUCGGCCUCUUUUCGAGCUUCCUGGGCCCAGCGCCGCCGCCGAGAGACUGCGGCGGCAGCGCGUGUGCUUGGAGCGCGUGCAGUGUUCUGCGCCCUCGGGAGCGGAGGUGACGGGCUCCGGCCGGGUGCUGGGCUGCCCUGGGCCGAGAACCGUGGCGGUGCGCUACACCUUCACCGAGUGGCGCUCCUUCCUAGACGUGCCGGCUGAGCUGCAGCCCGAGCCGCCGGCGGAGCCACAGCCACCUGAGGCGCCGUCGGGGGGGCCCGGGGACGCCGAGGAGGAGCCAGGCGCCGAGCGCUUCCACUUCUCGCUGUGCCUGCCCCCCGGCCUGCAGCCCCAGGAGGGGGAAGACGCGGACGAACCGGGCGCCGCGGUCCACUUCGCCGUGUGCUACCGCUGUGCCCAGGGCGAGUACUGGGACAAUAACUCGGGGGCCAACUACACGCUGCGCUAUGUGCGCCCUUCCGACGCGCUCUGAGCCCAAGGCCGGGCUCCAGGCCGCGCGCCGCCCCAGAGCAACCGGGUGACCUGCGGGGACGAUUUGCUGAGCCCCGUACCUCGGGGAAGGAAAGGAGGGAGCCGUUCAACGGCAAACUUUCACCAGGACGGAUCCGGCGAGUGAGCCUUAUGAGCACCGAAACUCCUCGCCCGCCCGUUGUCUCCUCGCUUAGGCCUUCCUCCGCUGCUUCUGGGAUUCUCGCUCUGCGUCAGAAUGGGAAGAAAUUCUCAAGAUUCCGAGCCAUAGCUUUCUCCAAGAAAAAGUCUCCUGACCCUUGCGCCUAAUUGUAAGACCUUGGGAUUUGUUUAAAACUAUAGACAAAGUGUUUUCGCCGUUGCUGCUUGUUGGAGAUGCCUGAGUCUCAGGGAAAGGACAGGCAUCCUGCCACAUCAUGCCAGGAGAAUGCACUGGACCGUGGGCGUGAAGGGGAGCCUUCGCAGAGGGGCCUGUUUCUCUGAGAAAACCGGGUGGGGCCUGGGCUGGGCCGUCCUUUUCUCUUAACUGGGAUCUGGGAGAUGUUUGCACAGACUGGAUAUUACUUGGGCCUAUGUGUACACAUGUCCUUUAAAAAAGUAAAGGCAACUUGCACACUC